AUGGAUUUGAGUCUACGCUCGAGCUUGACACCAGAGUCGAGGGACUGGAGAAUGGCGAGCUUGACGCAUUGUCGGAUUCGGGGCUCUCAGAGCUCUACGGGCGUGGAUCUGAGCUUGAAGGAGGUUGCGGCCACGAGCACCCUAUUUCAACGGCGGCUCUGGAAGUUGAAUUCCUCGAAAAUGUAA